AUGGCUGAUAAUCAAGAACAAAAACCUGAAGUGGGGCAAGAUAAUAAAACAGACGCCCCAUCGGGGAGAACUGUAAAAACUGAAAAAUCGGAACCGAGUUCCACCCGCGCGGAAAACCCACUUGCCGGAGUGACUGCGCUUCUAGAGCGAUACGGCUACCAACUGGGAGACAUUCUCGGCAAAGGAUCUUAUGCAGUGGUAAGGAAGGCCUACUCAAGAAGGCACAAAAGAUAUGUUGCUGUUAAAAUCAUAUGCAAGAAGAAAGCGCCCGAGGAUUUUUUAUCCAAAUUUCUGCCUCGAGAGAUCAAGGUUCUUAAGAAACUCCAGCAUCCUCAUGUCCUCUCACUGAUUGAGGUUAUUGAGACAAACACCAGGAUGUACAUUAUAACAGACCUGGCGGAAAGCGGCGAUCUUUUAGAGUUUAUACGAAAGAAUGGUGCAGUAGCUGAGGCUCAAGCAAAACGAUUGUUCAAACAACUAGUCCUAGGGAUCACCUAUGUUCAUAGUCAAGAUGUGGUGCAUAGAGAUCUAAAAUGUGAAAAUCUGUUGCUAGACAAAGAAAAGAAUCUUAUUGUAUCUGAUUUUGGAUUUGCGCGCGAUAAUUUGACGUCAGCUACGGGCAAGAAAAAGCUCUGUCAUACCUAUUGUGGUUCUUACGCCUAUGCACCUCCAGAAAUACUUAAAGGAAUCGCUUAUGAUGCUACAUUAGCAGACGUAUGGAGUAUGGGGGUGAUUCUGUACACCAUGGUUUGUGGUCGACUUCCUUUCGAUGAUUCCAACCUACGGAGUCUGCUGCAACAGGUUCACCGCAGAGUCAACUUUCCUUCAAAGAUUAAAAUCGCUGAACCUGUAAAAGCCAUCAUCCACAAAAUGCUACAAUGGAACUUAACCGAGCGAGUAACGGUGGAACAACUUAGAACUGACCCAUGGCUGACCGAAGAGAAGAUUGAGAACGAGGUCGAGAUAGCCUCGUCAUGA